CACUCUUUACACCCCCGGCCGCGAACGGGAAAAGGAAGAAGAACCGAGCUGGCCGAGCUUAUUUAGAACCCAAUCUUACUAGGUGCCUUGACAUCUCCCUGGACGAGCAGUUUCUUAUUCAUAGACUUGACAGGUCGUUGCAGGCGGCGAACAUUGAGAGGGGUCUCAGAAAAGGAAUGAUAACACCCAGCAGGAGGACUAAGGAGUGGCCCAGAUAAACUUUAACUUGAUUACAACUGUUUCUUGGCUGCUGCACUCUUUGUCAAACUACUUGGAGACAGCUGAAGAAUUACACACGCGUUGACAUCAUGGAAGAAAACCGAAAUCUUCUACACAGGUUACCCCAGACUCCUAAAGUGCACCCAGCUGGAUCAUGGCUGUGCAGAAUGAUAAUGUGUGCUCUGCCAGUGGCUCAGAUCACCAUAGGUUCAAUCUACUUGAAUUCCUGCCCUGUGCAGCAUUAUAUCCCCAUCUACUUGAUUGUGUCAGGAGUGUUUUCUCUAGUAAUGAACCUCCUGUCUUUCUUCCACCUUGGCAAUGAAGCAGAGGAAGUUGACUCCAAUGCAAGGGGAGGUUCCACCAUGUGCAAUGCACUGCUGUCUCUGUUCAUGUUUUGCUGGUUCAUUACAGGUAACGUUUGGAUUUACUCCAUCUACCAGCCCAACUAUGAAGAACAAAGUGGUGUUCUUUACUGCAACAAGACGCUCUACUUGUUUGCAUUUUGGAGCACAACAAUGGUCUAUAUUGGACUUGGCAUACUCCUGCUGGUGGGCUGUUGCUUUAUGCUAUGUGCAUGUAUAAUAGGGGUUAAUCAAACCAAUUCAGAUGAUUUGGAAGGGGGUCAGAACUGAAUUACUCCUUAGCUGUAACCAGACGAUGUAUUUAUGGCUGCAAAGAAGAUUGUUGUUUUAUUUUGUAUUUCUUUGGUUUAAAAUUACACCAGGUUGACAAUGAGUUAGUAGUUGGAAUCCACACCUUGGAGAAGAUACCAUUCUGUAACUUUGUUUUAUAUUGUAUUGUAUUCAUCUACUUGUACUGCUGAUUCUGUAGAUUUUACUUAGUUACAUUCUAAAACUAGGUCAGCAGUUAUAGAAGCCUUGCUGUCCCCAUUAAGUUUGAGGUGCUUUGAUGUAAAUUAGAAAGUGAAAUCACUUCUCCAGUAUAACUUACUUUGGUGGUGGUCAAAUAACUACAACUGAGAAGAUAGUAAUGUCCUCCAAGUUCCCCUCUUAAGUGAUUCAUGCAAGUAUACUAAAGGGGAUGGCAUUCUCGUGUCACCUCUGAGUUUAUCAUUGAUGCUUAAUUUUUGCUAGGAUGUGCAUGUUGCUUUCAGGGUCUUUGAAGAGAACAACAGAUAAAGGUAAAGGCUGAAUAAAUUCAUUGUGAUUGUG